AUGGAUACAUCUGACUGGAGAGCUCGACUGCUACCUGUUACGCGCCCAAGAAUUGUCAGUAAAAUAUUGGACACAUUACAAAGACAUCUUCGUUAUUCUGGUUCUGAGGGUUUACUUGAACUUCAGAAAAUUGCUCAAAAGUUUGAAGAGAAAAUAUUUGUAUCUGCAACAAGUCAGUCUGAUUAUUUACGGAAAAUAUCUUUAAAGAUGCUUACAGUAGAGACUAAAUCUCAGAUUACCAUUACCAACAGUAUACUUCCUAGUCAAGGAAAUUUUGGAGUAGUUCCUAUCUCAGUUGCUGUGCCUAAAGCCCUUAGCAAUCAAAACAACAUUGGGCUCAACUCCACUUACAUGACCAAUAUUCCCGCUGAGAAAGAAUAUCCGUUGACACAGCGUGACCAUUUUAAGCAGAAGAGGGUUUCUUUGGGGAAUUCUUCAUAUUCUAAGCGGAAGAGGGUCUUUGGGGAAUUCUUCAUAUUCUUCUGA